UCUCCUGGUGACUGAUCAACUAGGAGACGCAAAACUCAACCUUCAGUAAGGUGGGACGGUAGCUUUCCCCAACCUUUAGAUAAGACACGAGUAGCGCGACGGUAGUAUGUAAGAAGACCAGAUGCGGGCAAAUCUCCUCCUGCUCGGCUUCAGCACCUGUGGCAUCCCACCUUCACCCAUUUUCGUUCCCGCCCCGUCAGCACCACUGCAGCCGCCGCCAUUGCCCAGAUCAUCCCCCCUGGGCACCGGCGAAUUCGUCGUUCGAUCCCACCCAACCGCUCUUACUUCCGUGCUCUCAGGAAAGCCGAAUUUAGGAGGAAGAACCGGCGGGAAUCGAGGAGUGACGCGCGCUCGCGCCGCAAUGCAGCAGCAACAGCAACAGCAGUCAGUUGACGGCGACAUCGAGCGGGUAGCAGUGGGAUCAGGGCGAGACGGCAAAGGGGAAGUGGGUGGGUUCCCUCAGGAACUUGCGCAGAGGCUUCGCGAGGUGCAUCAGGAGCAUAUUGAGGAGCAAUGGCGGGAACUGAAGAGCGAGGAGGAGCGAGCUCGCCUGGUGGAAGCCGUCGAGGCAGUGGACGUGGAGCGAGCAGUGCGCGUGUUCAAGGCUUCCACCCACUCCACAAACAAUGCGCCAUCCACCCCCCUGCAGGUGGAGCCGGUGCCAAACGUGUGCACGGUGGAGGGGCGCUCCCCUGCCAGCGAGCAGCAGUGGCGGGAGCAGGGCCUGCAGGCGAUUGCCCAAGGAAGACUCGCCGUGCUGCUGCUGGCAGGCGGGCAGGGAACCAGGUUGGGCAGCUCAGCGCCAAAGGGAUGCUAUGACAUUGGUCUGCCGUCGCACAAGUCUCUCUUCCAGCUCAUGGCAGAGCGACUGCUGCGCAUGCAGACACUGGCCAUGCACGCCGCAGGCACAUCUGGUUCCUCUCCCGUGCGCAUCCCCUGGCUCAUCAUGACGUCACCCUUCACCCACCAGCCCAUCCUCGACUUCUUCGCUCACCACGGCUACUUCGGCCUCCUGCCCUCGCAGGUGCACCUUUUCCAGCAGGGGUCUGUGCCGUGCUUCACCAUGGAUGGCCGCAUCAUCCUCGAAACUCCCACCACGCUUUCCCAAGCGCCUGAUGGCAACGGUGGCGUGUACAAUGCACUGCAGGCCAGUGGGUUGCUGGAUCUGAUUGAGGCGCAGGGUGUCACGCACUUGGAGUGCUUCUCUGUUGACAACGCUCUGAUCCGAGUGGCAGACCCUCUCUUCCUCGGCUAUGUCAUGCAUGAGUCGGCCGACUGUGCUGCUAAAGUGGUGCAGAAGGCGUACCCAGAGGAGCGAGUGGGGGUGUUUGCGCGCACCAACCACGCACCUCUCAAACCCGCCCCCUCAGCCGCAGGCGAAGACAAUGGGCUGGUAACAGCAGUGAUGGAGUAUAGUGAGCUGCCCGAAGGGGUGGGCUCGUCUGUGGACGCAGCAACAGGCAAACUCAAGUACAACUGGAGCAAUAUCUGCAUUCACAUGUUCUCUGUGGAAUUCCUGCGCGCAGCAGCGCAGGCACUCAAGCGAGACUGCAUCCAUCACCUGGCAGUGAAGCAGAUCCCAUCAGUGCAGGGGGCAGUGCGGGGAGUGAAGCUAGAGCAGUUCAUAUUCGACGUCUUCCCGCUCGCCUCCACGCUCGCACUCCUAGAGGUGGUCCGCGACGAGGAGUUCUCGCCAGUCAAGAACGCCCCCGGUGCUGCUACCGACUCGCCCGACACGGCCCGGCAACACGUGCUGGCACUGCAUGGGCAGUGGGUGCGAGCAGCUGGCGGGAGGAUUGUUAGGAGGAAGGAUGGAGCGGAUAGUGAAGGGGUAGAGCGGACUGAGGGAGGGGAGGAGGAGGGUGCUGGGGUGGAGGUGUCUCCUCUUGUGUCGCAUUCAGGGGAGGGGCUGGAGGCGGUGUGUAAGGGAGAGGUGUUUGAUGCGCUGAGUGAGAUUAGAGGAUAGAGAAGACGGCAAGGGAAGGGGGGUGGAGUUGGACAUUGGGGGAAAGGGGGCAAAAGGAUUUGGGAACCAAAGCAACUGUUGGAUGGGAAGUUGCAUCGGUUGGUCUUCACGUAUAAAUCAUAUGUAGCAUAAAACAAUCAACAACCUCCUACGACUUUCUAUCUUGUGCAUGCUUUAUGGUCAUUUUUACAAGA